GAUUUAUUCAUUGCUGGAAGUGACACAUCUGCUAUAACAACAGAAUGGGCAAUGGCAGAACUUCUUCGAAAACCUCAAGUACUUAACAAAGUAAGAGAAGAAAUACUUCAACAAAUAGGCACAGAAAGACCAGUGAAAGAAUCAGACAUUGAGAAACUUCCAUACCUUCAAGCAGUUGUAAAAGAAGCAAUGAGACUUCAUCCGGCAGUUUCAUUACUCUUGCCACACAAAGCCCAAAAUGAUAUACAAGUGUUGGGCUACACUGUGCCUAAGAACACUCAAGUUCUCGUGAAUGCUUGGGCAAUUGGAAGAGAUCCAAAAUCCUGGGAUAAGCCACUGGAGUUUAUGCCUGAAAGAUUCAUAAAGUCUAGUGUGGAUUACAAAGGUAGGGACUUUGAGUUUAUACCGUUUGGCGCCGGCCGAAGAAUUUGCCCUGGGAUGCCACUUGCUAUAAGGAUGGUGAAUUUGAUGUUGGCUUCUAUUAUUCAACCAUUUAGUUGGAAGCUACCUGAUGGAAUGGCACCAGAGAAAUUGAACAUGGACGAACAGUUUGGAGUUAGCUUGAGGAAGGCUGUUCCUCUUGUUGCCAUUCCUAUUAUGGAAGAAAACAAGGUCAUUGUUUAGUCUAUAUAAUGUGAUUUGCCAUUUCUUUAUUAUUAUUUUUUAAUAACCUUAUGGGACUGUUUCUUUGAGCUAUUUGAUUGUGAGAAGUAUUAUGGGUAAGGUUUGAGUGUUAAUUGGAGAGGAGAAACUUGAAACUAAUAACGAACUUCAACAUCUUGAUUAAUAUUUUUAUGGCUACUCAUUAGGUGAGUACCAAUUGCAACUUUGAUUUGUGUCCGAUUAGGGAUAAUAUUGAAUUCUACCAUAUGCUUAGAAGUUCUAUUUUA